UGCUGCUGGAUGGAUGCAUUGGGAAAUAAUACCGUCCCAUCUACACCUCUAAACCGGAGACCAAUAAUGAAGCGGAACAGUCAAGGGCUCAAACAGAGACCCUCACAUGACACAGAAAGGGAGUUUGGAGGGACCCUGGGUGCAUUAUGCAUUCCCAUCCUCCUGCCGCUGACGGUGAUGUUCCUGAUAUGUGUGAGUCGAUCCCCUGAGGCCAGUUUGCUCCAGUGGCCCCCUGCCCUCCCCUCCACUGACCAGCUGUGGGACCCUCUGGCCCCUGUGCUUCUGCUGGGCUGGAUCUCUCUGCAUGCCCUCCUCUAUGUGUUGCCAUUAGGAAAGGUGUCUGAAGGAUUAGUGCUGAGGAAUGGAACGCGUCUCAAGUAUCCCAUCAAUGGUUUCCACAGCCUGUGCAUCAGCGGUGUGUUGCUGAUGUUGUUGCUGGGGCUGGGGGCUCCUCUGGGGUCUCUGUUCGAGCUGCUGUUGCCUCUGGCGGCGUGCGCGAUAGCGGGGUCAUACCUGUUCUCCCUCUACCUCUACAUCCGCUCCUUCUGGGUUCCUUCUCAUGCUCUCGCUUUGGGAGGCAACACGGGAAAUCCACUUUAUGACUUCUUCAUCGGAAGAGAGCUAAACCCCCGGAUUGGAAACUUUGACCUUAAAUAUUUCUGUGAGCUGCGACCGGGUCUGAUUGGCUGGGUGAGUCAUCCUGCAGGACAGCACGGUCAAUUCACAUCCCGAUAUUAA